AUGCUCGGACACGCUCUACAACAAGCACUAGCUCUGGCGAAACUGAUUCCAGUGGUCUUUGUGAAGGAGACAAAGUGUCCAGAGAUGAUUCCACAUGAAGAGAUCAGAGCUCCUCUUGAGCGAAGUAAUGGAUGCCUGCCACCAAAGAAGCGUGAGAUCUUGGCCCUGGAGCAGCGGCCCGUGGUUGUAGCGGCUGCAGCUCCUCCGGCGGUGGUCGCGGAGACUCUGCACACUGAGAACUUGGCGUGGCUCGCUAGUGUCGCGAGUGAACGCUGCAAAUCCAGAGACGCAGAAAGCCCCAAAUGCGUGGUGACCUCUGCCUCCUCAGCCGCUCCCGCCUCUACGCUCUCGUCCACUGCUCUGGCUGCGGUCCCUUUGGCCUCUCUGCCCACCAUGUACCCCGCCGCUCUCCAACAACAAGCCGGAGCUAUCCAACUGGCCCAACUCGCACCCAACGUCCAGUUCAUCAGCUCUGGGCCGUACGCUGGCUACAUAGCCUCGCACAUUAUCACCACCAAUGCAAACACUAUGCCCAACAGCUCAGUGGGACAGCAGCGGCAUCAAGUCGACGGCUACACGACCGCGUACAUCUCCUCAAACGCCAAACCCGAGCACCAGUUUCAGAUGGGCCUGUCCCCCUCUGAGCUCACACCCGUUACCCUUUCCGGCAGCCCACAGAUGCCUGGCCAGUACAUCCAUCUGGACAGCCGGGCUCCUCUAACCAUGAGCGGCAACGCGGUGGCAUCGCCCGCAACACAUCUCCAACUCCACCCGCACGCUGCCGUCCUGCCCCAAACCCUCACCCUCGCGCCCUCACAGCUUGUCGUCCAAUACACAGAUGGGAAGAAGCUGGAGGGGAAAGGGUUGAAUGGGGAGCUAGAAGUGGGCAAGCCUUCCAAAGCCUCUACUCAGCCAAUAAACCACCAGCCGGUUCAAAGUUACGAAGCCAGACAUAUCCUUUUGCCCGCGGACUACGGCCAGAACUCUUCUGGGCUUCAGACAUCGUUGGUGUUAGUGGCUCAACCCAACCACACCUCGGAUCAUGAACCAAACAAGAUUUCUAUCGUCCAGACUGAUAAGGGAGGUAUUUGCUUAGGGAAACCUUUGGCCAGGACUUCCUCGUUCACUCCCUUCUCGUCCGCAGACAUAAAGUCGGUCGCGCCGCACACCGUCAUCCAAACAACACUCCCGCACGAGGAGCUGCCGGCGAAUAUCUACUCCAACUCUCAACCUCCCAUUAUCGGCUACAUCACCAGCGGCAACCAGCAUGUAAGCUAUCACACGGCUUUACCCCAGCAUUUGGUCAUUCCCAGCGCACAGUCACUCCUCAUUCCGGUCAGCAGCGCCAACAACGGCACGGAGAUGGAGGGGAGCCGUGCUGUGACCGCCGCCACCACCCCGCAGAUAUCCACCGCCAUGCCCCACGCCUAUUUGGCCACCGCGCUGUCCAAGUGCGAGGCGUUGGCAGCAGACGCCAACCAAGCUGCGGCUGCGGUGGCGGUGACCCAGGUCCAAGCCCCGCCCGCUGCUCCUGCCGUCCCCUCGCCAUCGCCCGCACCUUCCCCCGCGCCCGUGUCCGUCCAGGCCUCUCCGUCCGCCACCGCUUCACCCGCCUCCUCCGUGCCGCUGCCGCCCUUCUUCAUGCGGGGUUCCAUCAUCCAGCUGGCGGACGGUGAGCUGAAGCGGGUGGAGGACCUGAAGACCGAGGACUUCAUUCAGAGCGCGGAGAUCAGCAGCGAGCUCAAGAUCGACUCCAGCACCGUGGAGCGCAUCGACAGCGGACAGACGCCAAACGCCGUCGUCAUUCAGUUCUCAGUGGGAGAGCUCAAAGCACAGGUGUGUGUGGAGGUGCUGAUGGAGUACCCGUUCUUCGUCUUCGGCCAGGGCUGGUCGUCCUGCUGCCCGGACAGAACCACGCAGCUGUUCGAACUGUCCUGCGCCAAACUGUGCGUGGGCGACGUGUGCGUGUCCCUCACCCUCCGCGGACUCAGGAACGGAUCGCUCUCGGACGGGACCAUUCUGGGCGCCAAACUCAAGAGCAUGGACCUCCCCCACAACAACAACAGCAACAGCAACCAACCCACAAGAAACAGUCAUGAUCCCACGGAGGAAACGCUUCAAACGGACAAAACCGGAGUGCAGCAAAGGCGGAAAAGACGUUGGUCGGCCCCAGAGCGAGACCAGACUGAGAAAGGGGAAGAGGAACCACCGCUGGCGUUGCCCAAACCCUCCUUUAUCCCCAAUGACAUCAAAAUCAGCAUUGAAGGACACUCCCGCACAGGAAGUGAACGCUGCUGA